CACAUUUGCACAAUUUUCAUUUCCUCGAUCACAUCGACCAAAUCUGGCCCCUCGAAUACCACGCGCGUGUCGUCCCACCACGCGCCGCUCCAGUCCACCGUUGAGACCAUAAAUGAAGCGGAGCGGGGAGGAAAAAAAGGGCGCUGAUUUCUGGUAUACAGAAAACGGCCUCCAAUUUUUCUCCCUUUUUUUUUUCUUCUUCUUCUGCUUCCUCCUUUCCCUCUCGUCCUCUCUCCACCGGAAAAGCCGAAAACUAAUUAGACGAAGAUGUCGAUGGAGCUUUCUGCCUGCAAUGUAACGGACAGAAUCCACGCCCUUCUUCCCCAAUGCAGAUUCCUCGCCCCAUACUCCCGCCCUUUCCCUCCCCGUCGCACCCUUGUUUUCUCCUCCUCCUCCUCCUCCGCCGUAUGCAAAGCAUCGGUUCAGUCGGUUGACGGCGGGGUUGUGUCGGCAAUUGAAUCUGGGUCGGCGACGGCGAGAGGAAGCUUCGCGGAUACGCUGAGGCUGGGGAGCUUGACGGAGGAUGGGUUGUCGUAUAAGGAGAAGUUCAUAGUGAGGUGCUAUGAAGUUGGGAUUAACAAGACAGCCACUGUUGAGACUAUUGCUAAUCUCUUACAGGAAGUCGGGUGCAACCAUGCUCAAGGUGUUGGAUUUUCAACAGACGGGUUUGCAACAACUCCCACCAUGAGGAAAUUGCAUCUCAUUUGGGUGACUGCUCGCAUGCACAUUGAAAUCUACAGAUACCCAGCUUGGAGUGAUGUAGUUGAGAUAGAGACGUGGUGCCAGAGUGAGGGUAGGAUUGGAACCAGGCGUGACUGGAUCAUGAAGGACUAUGCUACUGGUGAAGUUAUUGGAAGAGCUACAAGCAAGUGGGUGAUGAUGAAUCAAGAUACUAGGCGGCUUCAGAAAGUCAAUGAUGAAGUUCGUGAGGAGUACCUAGUCUUCUGUCCAAGAGAACCAAGAUUAUCAUUCCCAGAGGCAAACAACCGCAGCUUGAAGAAGAUUUUGAAACUAGAAGAUCCCGCUCAACAUUCAAGACUGGGUCUUACGCCAAGAAGAGCUGAUCUGGAUAUGAAUCAACACGUCAACAAUGUGGCGUAUAUUGGAUGGGUUCUCGAGAGCAUGCCUCAAGAAGUGAUCGACACGCAUGAACUGCAAACAAUCACCUUGGAUUACAGAAGAGAAUGCCAGCAAGACGAUGUAGUCGAUUCACUCACUAGCGUGGAACCCGUCGACGAGCCAGAAGUCCAUGGCAAGACAAACGGGUCAGCCUUGUCACCUGCGGAGGAAUCCCUCAACUUCCUCCACAUGCUUAGAUUGGCAGGUGAGCAAGGGCUCGAGAUAAACAGAGGACGCACUGAAUGGAGAAAGAAACUAGGGAGAUGAAAGAGCCGUCACCCUAGGAGCACAUUUAUGUAACUUCCAGAUACCUUUCUUAUUACAGUUUUGGAGCUGGUGUGUUUUUAUUUUCCCAGGUGUGUGCUUUUGCUUGGUGAGUGGGUUAGUUACUUGGUUGUAGUUCGCUUUGCCUGCCCGGCUAGCUUUACAGAAGGUGUGGGACUGAAGAUUGUUUUGUUAUACUGCUAUAUAUAUAAAGAGAGAGCGAAGAGGAACACUGAUGCAUAGACAUUACAGCUAGCUGAUAGUCACAACUCAAUUCCAGAUGAACAAACUGUUGUACCUUAUAUAUCCCACCUGUUGUUUUUCCCACUGCAGUCGUUGUAUACUUGUUUUACAUUUGCCACUAAAUUUUUGUUAUUGCAUUAGCCUUC